GUUCUGUAACUCCUUCAUUUACUUGUGAAAGUAUUAUUUAUUAUUUCUGUUGUCUCUAAUCCCCUGUCUCUUUGUCCUCUGCCAUUAAGGCGAUUUACUCUUCUGAUAGUACAACCCCCUAGAAGAAGCAUGCACAUUUAUCUAGAGUAUGGUCUAGGACGCUGUAUUCUAAUGCGCAAACAUACAUGCAUGCAUGCAGGUGGUCGCUAUCAAACAAUACAGAAAGAAAGAAAAAACACCCUCAAGAAAAGAGAGGGAGAGGGGACUGAGAUUUUCCAAGAAAAGGGUAUUGACAGUAUCGAAGAUGAAUAAAACCAAAUGGAAGAUAAAACCAAAGCCAACACACAUCGGGGGGCGCAAGUGGAAGGAAAAGAGAGAAAAGAUCAUGUCCGUCUCCCGAAAAAACCAUCCUUUAGCGCGCCGUGCUGUAGCCGCCGAAAAACCAGUAUAUCAAAGAAAGAAAAUGUCCAACAAGAGUCUGCUGCUGAGAUGGUUUCAUGGUCCGUCAAUCCAAAAGAGCGAGAUCGUCGAAAUCCACUCCCAUUAUAUCCCGCGCAUAUCCAGGUCCAAUUGUGUCCUGUUGUAGAAGAGUUGUAGUCCCAUCAGUGUAAGGAACAUAUACGGUGUCCAUGUUUCGAGAACCAGCCUUAUAAAAAGGCGGUCCAAUCCCGGGGUUCCAUGGAAAAGUCGGAAUGAAGAGAGAUGAGGGAU